AAUAGGGGGAAGCCUUCAGAUAAGAGGACGCUCGGAAGUAGUUCGCAUGCAGCUGAAGUAAAUGAACGCAGCAUCUUUGUAAAGGUGUACAUGGAAGGGAUUCCAAUAGGCAGAAAACUGGAUUUACUAGCUCAAGAUGGCUACCACGAGUUAGUAAAGACGCUUGAGCACAUGUUUGACACUACCAUUAUCUUGGGCUCUGAGAUGGAGGAGGUACUUCAACCAGAGAGAUGGUGGCAUGUGCUAACCUAUGAAGAUGACGAAGGGGAUCUGAUCAUGGUUGGAGAUAUCCCUUGGGAGAUGUUCUUAUCCACCGUCAAGAGAUUGAGGAUUGUCAGGGGAGACAAAAUGGGGUGUUAAAUGGGUGUAUUGUAUGGCGAAGCCGUUCUGCUGUAAUUCCCCUUUCCAUUUUCAUCGAAUACGUCCUAGUGAUCGUUAGACUAGUAUGAAGCAGGCCCAGACCUGAGCCCAUCCGAUGUUUUGCUCCGCUU